GUCAUUUUUUCUUUCUGUCCUUUCUUUGUUUUUCUUCCUUUCUUUCUUUGUAGACCUCUAUUUUCCUCUCAAACAUGAGUCUGUGUGCGGCUGUUGGAUAUUUACUUCUGUGUAUUCAAGCAGUUGAUUGCGAACAGAAAGCUUGAAUCAAAAUAAUGCUGUCUAUCUAUCUGAAGGGAACCAGUAGGUAUGAUCAGCUCCCAGUCACUGGUCUGAGAACAGUUCAGUGCUCAGUGAGUCAGGUAUCUGUAUUUAUAUGACACCACAUACUGAUGACCUGUAUGACAGAUGAAAUUGAUCACUGGCCUGUUUUAAAGGAAAUGUUCUGUCACUUCAUGGAUCUGAUGGCUGAACGCUGCUUGUUAAGAAGCUGAGUGGGGGAUGUGAUGUAUGGAUCCUUAUCAACAAGAGAGAAGGAGGCAGGGGUGGGGGGAGGAGGCUGGGCUCAUGAUGGGGGAAGACAUGGGUGCCACAUGGUUUUGAGGGAGCCAUGAGACAGACAUUCUGAUAUCAUUCUCAGGAGAGGAGCUCAAACUUCCCUCAAAUUUUGGCUUUCUCUUACACCCCAAACACGGAAAAGCAGCCCUACAGAGAGAAACCCAGAAGCUGACAGUGACAAACGUCCCCGGGAUCUUUUCUGGAGAUGAGUUUCCAGAUGUGUGGCUCGGCCCAGCAAUCUGUUGUCUCACAGUGACACGUUUUUUGUUUUUUUUAAAAAAAAGGAAAAACAAAUCUGCCCCUGCCUCUGCGCGCCGCUGCGGCUUCUGUUACAGCGCCACCAUAAAAUAUUCAUCCAUGGAAAGAUCUCUUUGAUUCCAGCCAGCCGGGUCACUUGCCGUGAUGGCUUUCAUGCGCCGGGGUUAAAGUCAGCCCAAACAUGUAACCCAAACUCAGAGUGCAAAGGCUUCAGCUCUGCUCCUCCACGUUCUGCUCCAUCGAGAGGAACACCGAGAGGAGCGUCUGCGCCAUCUCGCUCAUUCUCUGGAGGGCGAACACAAGCAGAGGAUGUCCGCUCCUUCUCCAACAGGAGGGCCGGGUAAAGGUGGCGGAGAGGACCCCGCCAAGUCCGCCGAGCAGGAGGACCGGACUCGACCUCAGAUCCUGUCGGGCUCCGGCUUCUGCAAGUGGUUCAACGUCCGCAUGGGCUUCGGAUUUAUCUCAAUGACCAGCAGCGAAGGGAGCCCCGUCGACCCCCCUCUGGAUGUUUUCGUCCACCAAAGCAAACUGGUGAUGGAGGGCUUCCGCAGCUUAAAGGAGGGCGAACAGGUGGAGUUCACCUAUAAGAAGUCCUCCAAGGGCCUGGAGUCCCUGCGGGUGACCGGACCUGGUGGGGGACCCUGUGCAGGCAGCGAGAGGAGACCCAAAGGGAAGGUCCCACUCCAGAAACGCAAACCAAAGGGAGACCGCUGUUAUAACUGUGGAGGUCUGGAUCACCAUGCCAAGGAGUGUGGCCUGCCCCCCCAGCCAAAGAAAUGCCACUACUGCCAGAGCAUCACGCACAUGGUGGCUCAGUGUCCCCACAAGGCGCUGGCGCCCGCCACAGGCUCUCAGGACCAACAUGCGUCUACCUCGGCCUUCAGCCCAGGGACCGGGCCCUACCUCUGCCCCCCGGAGGAGGAGGAGCGCUCCGGCUCGUCCCCCCUGGAGGGCUCCUCCUCCUCCCCCGAGGAGCCCCACACGCGUGGCCCCCGGACCCAGAGGUGGAGGAAAUCCUGAAAACAGCCCGUAGAGCUAUGGCAACGAUCACCGGGGUACAGACGUGCGUGAAUGUGUGUGACUGACUCGCAGUCUUACGGCAAACACCGCUGGAGUGGUGACUGCAGGGAAUGUCUGUUUUUUUUUUUUUUUUCCUUGUUUCAAUCAGUGCAGCUCAAGAGUGAAACAACAUGGUAUAAAUCUUGGUUUUGAUUACCAUUUUUUUUUUUUAUUUGUAUGUUUUUUUUUUCCUCUCGGACCUAAGUGUUGGCCAUUUUUAAUGCUUUUUUUUUCUCCAUACAGUUGUUGUCGAUUUUUUUAUAAAGCCACCGAU